AUGUCAUCAUUAGAACAAUUAAAAGCUACCGGUACCGUUAUCGUCACUGACACUGGUGAAUUCGAAUCAAUUGCCAAAUAUAAACCACAAGAUGCUACCACCAAUCCAUCAUUGAUCUUAGCUGCUGCCAAAAAACCAGAAUAUGCUAAAUUAAUCGAUGUUGCUGUUGAAUACGCUAAAGAUAAAGGUACUACUAAAGCUGACAAAGCUGCUAUCGCUUUAGAUAGAUUAUUAGUUGAAUUCGGUAAAGAAAUCUUAAACAUUGUCCCAGGUAGAGUUUCAACUGAAGUUGACGCUCAAUUAUCAUUCGAUAAAGAUGCUACCGUCAAAAAAGCUUUAGAAAUUAUUGAAUUAUAUAAAUCAAUUGGUAUUUCUAAAGAUAGAGUUUUAAUUAAAAUUGCUUCAACUUGGGAAGGUAUUCAAGCCGCUAAAGAAUUAGAAGCUAAACACGAUAUUCACUGUAAUUUAACUUUAUUAUUCUCAUUCUCCCAAGCUGUUGCUUGUGCUGAAGCUAAAGUUACUUUAAUUUCACCUUUCGUUGGUAGAAUUUUAGAUUGGUACAAAGCUUCAACUGGUGAAACUUACACUCAAGAAACUGAUCCAGGUGUUUUAUCAGUCAAAAAAAUCUUCAACUACUACAAAAAAUACAAUUACAACACUAUUGUUAUGGGUGCUUCAUUCAGAAACACUGGUGAAAUUAAAGAAUUAGCUGGUUGUGAUUACUUAACUGUUGCUCCAAAAUUAUUAGAAGAAUUAAUGAACUCUACUGAAACCAUUCCAAAGAAAUUAGAUAUUGCUUCAGCUCAAACUUCUACUGAUGAAAAAGUUAGUUACAUUGAUGAUGAAUCUGCUUUCAGAUUCGCUUUAAACGAAGAUGCUAUGGCCACUGAAAAAUUAUCUCAAGGUAUCAGAGGUUUUGCUAAAGAUGCCAAAACUUUAUUAGCUCAAUUAGAAGAAAGAUUUUAA